AUGCUACAUCUCUUCCCUUUCCCGAUCUCCCUUCUUGCCGCAUUCCUUCGCUUCCAGACACCAAUCCACAUCCUUCUCAUCCAGACUGCCAGCAGUCAACUGCAAACAGCAUUCGACAGCGCUACGAUCGCUCCUCUCUACGAGGUCUCUGCAAGCAUGGUCAAAGACGAGUUGGAACACUCCAACGAGAAGAAGGCGGAAGAGAAGAAGAGUAUCGAGAAGAAGACCGAUGAGCCUUGGACGGACAAAGAGCGCAACGUGAUCCUGAAUCAUGUUCUCAACCACGUCCUGAAGACUGUUGGGUACGGCACCGUCUUUUCGGAGCUGUCUGGGCUGCUAGUCAAGGAGGGAUUCCCAGCUCGCGGCAGCAAAGCGUACCAAGACCAGUGGCGUCGCAAGAUUUGCAAGGACGUGAUGGCCAUCUACGGUGGCGUGCCCCCAACAUCGCCAGCCACUCCCACCAAGGCCGUCGCUACCAGCCGAGUCAAGCCCGAAGGAAGUCCUUCCAAGCGCAAACGCGAGACAAAGGAAGAGUGA